GAAUCUGUUUAAUAUUUAUUCUCCUUUAAUAACUUAUAUUUUCUGUUGCCUCAAAUAGUAUGAACAGGAACUUGCAAAGAAGAAAGAAAUGCAAGAAGAAGAAGAUCGGCUUGCUGCAGAAAAGCUUUCCAAAGAGUUAGAAAUUUCUACUACUGAAACUGAGACUAUUAGUGAUGAACCACCAUCACCAGAGAGAGAAAACCCUUCCAAAAAGGCCGAAGCCUUAUUGAGACCAACAGGCAUUCAGGAACCAUUUGAAGGUUCUGUGAUAAGGAAACAUGACUGGGAAUCUACUGCCAGGAAAGCUACCAACAGGUCUUGGGAGAAAGUAUAUCUGUAUGUUAAAGCUCAUACAUUAUAUACAUAUAAAGAUCAAAAGCAUCGUAAACAGGACCCAGACAAUUAUUAUCAUGGAGAACAACCACUAGAUCUUAGAAGAAGCUCUGUUGAAGUUGCCACAGAUUAUACAAAAAGACGACAUGUAUUUAGGCUUAAGCUAAUUGGUGGAGCAGAAUACUUAUUCCAGGCAAAAGAUGAUGUAAGUCUCUUAAACAUAAAUUACUGAAAUUACAUAAACUGCAG